AUGGCAUUCAAGCUGGUCGUAUUCACUGCCUUGUUGGCGGUUGCCAGAGCAGGAUACCUAGGAUCCGCAGGAUUAUACUCAUCUGCCUACGCCGCACCCGCCCUGCACAGCUACGCUGCCCACGCUCCUUUAGUGGCUAAGACUGUAGCUCCUUUGGCCUACGCCGCACCAGCCUACACUGCGCCAGCCCUGCACAGCUACGCAGCUGCUCCAUUGGUGACCAAGACCGUAGCUCCUCUGUCUUACUCAUCUCACUACGCACCAUCUCACUACGGUUACUCUCACUACGCUCCUGCUGCACACUACUCUGCUCCAUUGGUGACCAAGACCGUCGCUCCCUUGGCCUACUCAGCACCAGCUCACUUUGCUCCUGCUUCAUACGUAGCCAAGUCUUAUGCCGCACCACUUUCCUACUCCGCACACUACGCCGCACCUGCUCCACUCCUUGCCAAAGCCGUAGCUCCAUUGUCUUAUUCCGCACCAGUUCUCUCCCACGCUUCCUACGCUGCUCCACUUCACUACUCCGCCCCACUUUUGGCUAAAUCCUACGCUCCUUUGUCAUACUCUGCCCCAGCUUGGUAA